AUGGCAGGUGGAGAUCAAGGUGGGAUAGAGCUAGAGCACGCAAUUGGGUAUUCAGCUGAUUUUCUUUCAUCAAUCAUAAUUCACCCUAACCUCAGAAACUACGUUUACAUAACAGGAGCUUGUGUCAUAGUUGGAGAAAUCGAUAACUUGCAAGGACAAUCCUUCUUGCGUGGGCACGAUGAUACAGUUACAUGUGUCGCUGUUUCUCCAAGUGGAAGUUUGCUAGCAUCAGGCCAACGUGGCUAUAAUGCAGACGUGCUUGUGUGGAAUUUCAAUUCUCGCACAGUUAAAUAUAGAUUCAGUGAGCACGACUAUGAAAUAAAAUGCAUGGAUUUUUCUCAUGACGAUCGAUUGCUCUGCACCUGUGGAAAUGCUACAGAUGGGAAAAUGUUUAUAUGGGAUUGCGCUACUGGGUAUAGCUAUUUAAUAAGACUCGAUGCUUUAAUCCUGAUUUUUUAUUAGGAUUUUUUGCUUUAAGAUUUCAGAAUCAUUAAAUAGGUAUAUAUUGUAGCAUCUGUUGGGCUUGCCCCAUCCCCUACUCUAUGUGUGAAGUUCGGAGGAUGAAGAAAAGACGUAAAAGGUAGGCCAAUAGACAAGUAUCAAAUAGCCACAGCAGGAGACAAAAGAAUCGUUGUGUGGUCACUAAACCCUUUUACAGGAGAGCUUGAAAACGAAGCGCUUAAUACAAAUUCGGCGAUUCGAGAAUUCCAGACUUUGGAUUUUAGUCCAAGAGGUGAAAAGUUUUUAUUUGCUGGCACAACUUCAGGAGACUUUUUUGUGUUUAUGAUGAAAAAUCAUCAUUUAUUCUGCACACAAGGUGCUUGCUCAAAAGGAGUGGUUUCAAUAGUGGCAUUAGAUGAUGAAAAUGUUCUUGUAGGAGGAGGAGAUGGGACACUAAGUCUUUGGCAAAUUCAAGGAAGCAGAAGCUUUGAAAUGAACAGAGUAAAUUUAGUAGGAGGAAUAUCAGGACUCAGCCCAUCAGCAGAUAGAUCUAUCAUGCUUGCAGGGACAACACUUGGAUUCCAAUAUAAAAUAAGAACGAAUGACCUAGCCAAUGUGCUAAUUUCAGAAAAUCAUACCAGGCCAAUGACAUAUGUGAACUUCCCAAUUGGAGUUUCAGAUAAAUUCGCUACAAGCUCAGAAGAUGGAACUAUCCGCAUCUGGGAUGGGUCGGACUAUAAAGUAAUAUCUCGGUGCAUCGCUAGCAAUGGAGGCUCUCCUUUAUGCUUCUUCUUGACCCUUGAAAUUGUAGUCUCAGGGUGGGAAGAUGGUAAAAUCCGCUCAUUCCGUGCAGAUAACGGCCAGCAGCUCUGGCAAAUUGACAAUGCCCAUCGAGGAGGAGUUUCAUCUAUUACUCUUGCUCACAAUCAAAGAUUCUUCUGUACAGGUGGCUCUGAAGGUGAAGUGAGAGUAUGGGAAAUCCGAACCAGAGAAAUGGUUUCUCACUUAAAAGAACACACCACAAGAGUCACUGAUAUCAAUCUUCUCGACGAUGAUGUUCACCUUGUAUCAGUUUCCAGAGAUAGAUGUAUGCUCACAUGGGAUCUUAGGAGUGAUAAAAGAAUUGCGGCGCAAACCCAGAGAACGGGAGGGAUAAAUGCUCUUAGUGUCACCUCAGAUCAAAAUGUUGUCAUCACUGCUGGACAAGAAAGAAAAAUCAAUAAGUGGGACUUGAGGCAAACUCAGCCAAUUAUAAGCCAAGAUGCAGGACCUGGACAAGAAAGCGAUGAAAUUUAUGCACUGGCUGUGAGCAACGAUGGAAGAUAUGUUGCAACAGGAGGAGAAAAAAUGAUAAUCAGAGUUUGGGAUAUCAGCUCUAUGAGAGUAGCAGCAGAAGGACAUGGACAUUCUGGAGCGAUUACGAGAAUUGCUUGGGCAGCUGAUAAUAAACAAGUAGUUUCGACUGGAAAAGAUAACUGCACUCUGAUAUGGAACAUAUUUCUUUAA